CGACAUAACCUACAAUAUGUGUCAAUUUCUAUAAGGUUAAAGCAGAAAUUAAAUUAGAAAUAUUAAUAAUUGUUCCUUUUUUAAUGAAAUAAAAACUUAGGAAAUGGAUAAUUUAAAUAAAUUAGCGAGAUUGGCAGGUCUCCUUAAUAAACUUAAGUUAAAUCAUACUUCAAACUUUGUAAAUACACCAUGUACAAGAAAUUUCACCAUAACUACAGUUAAAAGAGACCUAAUGGAAUUUUUUGAUGACAAGAAAAAUUGGGGAGCUGAUGAGGUAAAAUGUGGUAGAUCUUGGACAAAAGAUGAGUUGAGGCUGAAAUCAAAUGAAGAUUUACACAAACUCUGGUAUGUACUACUUAAGGAAAGAAACAUGUUAAUGACAAUGGAACAAGAAUGUAAUGACAACUCCAAGCUAUUUCCUACUCCAGAAAGAAUUGAUAAAGUAGCUGAUUCUAUGGAAAACCUAGAGAGUGUAGUUAGAGAAAGAAACAAAGCAUAUCAUCAGCUAGAGACUGGUGAGACAGGUGAAAGGCCGGGUAAACUUGUAACUGGAGUAUUUGGACUUAAAUAUUAUUACAAAAUGACUGAGCAUGUCAUGCCCAAACACAUGAAUACAAAGUGGAAGGAAUCCCAUAAAUUCUAUAAAUAUAAAUAUGAUAAAGAUGUUGAGGACUUUCUUCUUAAAUAUAGGGAAAAAUUGUAUCUUAACAAACGAAAGAAGGCUGCGAGAGAUUUCAAUCAUGUCUUAGGACUACUUAAUAGAUAUCCAGAUCUGGAUAUGGAAGCCCUUAAAGAACAAUACCCAGAUGUGGACAUUGAGAGAGUAAAACGAAGCAGAAAAUAUGGAGGACAUUUUGCACCAAAAUAGAAUAUUGAAAUUUUUGUAUAGAUUAUGUUAAUAUAAAUAAAUACCUAAAAAGCUAAAAA